AAGAAUUUAAAAGGAAGAAAGAAAGAAAAAUAAUGUGCUGCAUACAUUUAUUCAAUGCUUUGUUUCACGUUACAUAAAUGACUACCAAACACCAAUGAUAUGCUACAAAACACCACCAUCUAGUAAUACAUUGUAAAUGUCAUCAGUCGUUUUCGUGCAGAUGCAAGAUGAAAAUUAAAAGUAGUAAGUAAAUAAGCCAGUUCUGAGGCACUAAAAUAGCUUUAUUUGGUAACAACAAGAUCACAUUUUAGUCUUAAGAAACUAAAAUUCAUAACAUUUAUUAUAAAAACAAAAGAUUAUACAAAAAUAAAUUAUAAUUUACAAUCAAUAUAAAAUAUUUGAUAAUAAAUAUUGAUACAUUAAUAAAAAAAAAAACAUUAUUUAAUAAAAACUGAAUAUAUUAACUUUAAAUAGAAUAAAAUUAUUUUAACAAUAAUAUUCCAAAGGAACAUUUCCAACAAUUACCUGUUAAUGAAAGUAUUCUUCUUGAAUAUUACAAAACAUAUUUUGAAUGCACUAAUAUUUAAAAAAUAAUUCCAAUUUGAUUCCGUUCAACGAUGCAACUUCGCUGCUAUAGUGCUUCAUCAUAUAUAUUCUAUGAUACUCAAUAAACUUCCAACAGGAAAGCUAUAAUAUAUAACACUUAUUAAGCAGUAUUUGUGCUGUCACUACUACAAUGUCUUUAGAAACUCAAAAAUAAUAUUGCUAAACCAUUUAUAGGGAGACGACCAAUGACAGUUACCAACAGAAACCAAUCUUAAUUUGCUAAUACCAAUGGACAGUUGGGCAUUUUACAAUAAAAACUGUCCUGAUUACAUACAUCAAAUGGUUUCCAGCAGUACUUGCAUGGUUUAGCAUGUUGAAGACCCAUUUCAUGCCAUACUUCAGUAAAAUCGUCAACAAAUGCAUUCAUCAUAGGUACAGUAUGGAAUGGUGUAGGGGCCAGUCUAAGUUUUUCUUCACCUUUUGGAACGGUAGGAUAGUUUAUAGCUUGGAUAUAAUGACCUUUCUUUUUAAGGAGCUCAUCAGAUAUUUUAGAGCACACAUAAGGGUCACCGAUCCGAAUAGGAAUGAUAUGAGAUGGAGUUGGUUCUACUGGAAAGCCCCGCUCAAUUAAGAGAUUUUUUAAAUAUGCAACAUUUUCCUGAUGAAUUUUUCUAAGCUGUUUUCCUUCUUCCGAGGAAAGAAUUUUAAUGGAUUGUAAUGCACCAGCUAACACUGUAGGAGGAAGAGAAGUUGUAAAAAUAAAACCUGCAGCAUAGCUCCUAAUCAUAUCAAUCAAAAUUGAGUUUGCAGCAAUAUAACCACCAAUGUUACCAAAUGCUUUACCUAAUGUGCCUGAUACCAUAUCCAUCUGAUCUAUUACAUUGUCUCGUUCUCCUACUCCAGCUCCAUGUUCACCAUACAAUCCAACAGCAUGUACUUCAUCAACAAAUGUCAGCGCACCAUAUUCAUGAGAGAUAUCACACAACUCUUUGAUUGGACAGAUAGCUCCAGUCAUCGAAUGUACAGUUUCAAAAGCAACAAUCUUUGGAGUUGAUUUCGGUACUGUUUUUAAAAGCUCAAGGAGAUGUGAGGGAUCAUUAUGACGAAAAAUAUGUUUAGGGGCACGGCUGUUUCUAAUACCUUGAAUCAUUGAUGCAUGAUUACCUUCAUCAGAGAAAAUAUGACAUCCAGGUAUAGAUUUUCCAAGAGUAAAAAGUGUCGAAUCAUUGGCUACAAAACAACUUGAGAAAAUUAAAGCUGAUUCUUUUUUGUGAAGUUUAGCAACCUCGGCUUCCAAUUUUUCAUGCAAUAGAGAAUUCCCCGAUAUAUUUCUAGUGCCACCGGCUCCUGCUCCGUGAAGAUCUAAAGCUUUCCCAACUGCUUCCUUUACUUUUGGAUGACAGGACAUACCCAAAUAAUCAUUAGCACACCAUACUGUUAUUGGUUUUUCUCCCCAAGAGCAUUCAGUACCAUGAGGAAAAUUUAAAGCAUCACGAUUUACCUUCUUGAAAACUCUGUAAGAAUGAUCCUUCUUUUUUUUCAUUAUUUGUCGAUGGAAAAAGUUGUCAUAGGAAAAUGUCUCAGACUUUUCAUCCUUGGUUUCUGUUGAUGGUUUCAUGUUUGACAAGUCCAUAACAUCUUCCUGACUUUCUUGACUGGCCUGCUUGAUAAGUUCUUGUUUUUUAAUAGAAGAUAGGAAUGGACAUUUAGAAAUCUCUCCAGUAAGUGUACUAUGCCUUAGAGUUGAUUGAACAAAAGAGCUAUUAACUAUCGGACAAUUCUGACCAAAAUUCUUAAGUAAAUGAGGCCAAUAAUGUUUAACAUAUGAUUGUGGUAAUUUGUUAAGAAAUGGGCAACUCAUCGUUCCUAGACUUGACAACCGACUGCAACUACCUGGACUAACCCUCUCCUUCCUACCUCACUUUCACUACUGGUUAUCAACUUCUAACCUUGGCUUUUAUAAGGAGGGGGGCAGGCCAUUAAUGAUUGACUAGUGGAUAACAAAUUACUCACACUACGUUUAGUACCAUUGGUUAAUGUUAAGGUUAAUAGUUCUAUUUUGGAUAUUGUACUUUUCAAACAUUGCAUAAAUUACGAACUUUUAAAAAUUAGCUAUAUUUCUGCUGCAGAGUUUUAGAAGAAAGUAAUUUACUUCAGUUGUUUCACUUUAACUGUUAAAUGUUAAUUAUAAAAUAUUUUUUCAAAUUUGAAACCUUUUUAUGGUUUCACGAUUAAUUUUUUUAUAUGAUCGACGGAAAUUAAUAAUUUGGUAAAAUUUAUUUCGGAUAUCUGUCAAUUUUUAUACGUCUGCAAAAAUAUGCAUUCAUAUUUACUGAGUUUUAUUUGAUUUAUUUAAAAUGAAAUUGUAAGUAAUCGAUAUAUAUAAUCGAUCUUAAGAGAGUGGUUGUACUUUUAUAUAUUAAUUUAUAUUUUUUCAUUAUGGGUGUUUGAAGUGUAGGUGUAAGCUUUAGAUAUAUAUACUAAAUUAAAUUACUUUAAAAAGUAUAUUAGUUAUUACCUAAUAAUUUAAUUUAUUCUAUUUAUUCAAUAUACAUUUUUUGAUGAAUAAAUAAAAUAUCGCAGAGGCGGUGGAUUGUAAAAAGUUGGCGUGGAACACCAAGGUUGUCCAUUCUUCUUCGGGCAGCGUUCGGGAUGUCUCACAGGAAAUUCAGUGCCCCUCGCCAUGGGUCUAUGGGCUUCUACCCUAAAAAGAGGUCAGCUCGCCACCGUGGUAAGGUUAAGGCAUUCCCAAAGGAUGAUCCUUCAAAACCUGUGCAUUUGACUGCAUUCGUCGCUUACAAGGCUGGUAUGACUCAUGUUGUAAGAGAAGCAGAUCGACCUGGGUCAAAAAUAAACAAAAAGGAAAUUGUAGAAGGUGUAACAAUUUUGGAAGCUCCUCCAAUGGUCGUCAUUGGUGCAGUUGGUUAUAUUGAAACACCUCGUGGCUUACGUGGUCUUGUUACUGUGUGGGCUGAACAUAUUGCAGAUGAGGCAAGGAGGAGAUUUUACAAGAACUGGUACAAAUCAAAGAAGAAGGCAUUUGUAAAAGCUAGUAAAAAAUGGAGUGAUCCUCUUGGCAAGAAGCAGAUUGAAGAAGACUUCAAGAAGAUGAUUAAGUACUGCAAGGUCAUCCGUGUUAUUGCUCAUACCCAGAUGAAACUGUUAAAACAAAGGCAAAAGAAGGCUCACAUUAUGGAAAUCCAAGUAAACGGUGGAACAAUAGCUGAUAAAGUAGCUUGGGUCAAGGAACAUUUAGAAAAACCAGUUCCUGUUUCUGGAGUUUUUGCUCAGGAUGAAAUGAUUGAUGUGAUUGGAGUAACCAAAGGAAAAGGAUUUAAAGGUGUUACAUCUCGUUGGCAUACCAAGAAACUUCCUCGUAAAACACAUAAAGGUUUAAGGAAAGUAGCUUGUAUCGGUGCUUGGCAUCCUUCAAGAGUACAGUUCACAGUUGCCAGAGCUGGUCAGAAGGGUUACCAUCACAGAACUGAAAUCAACAAGAAAAUCUACAGAAUUGGACAAGGAAUCCAUACUAAAGAUGGAAAGGUCAUCAAGAACAACGCAUCAACUGAAUAUGAUUUGUCUGACAAAUCAAUCACCCCCAUGGGUGGCUUCCCUCAUUAUGGUGAAGUGAACAAUGACUAUCUUAUGAUCAAAGGAUGUUGCAUGGGUCCCAAGAAAAGAGUAAUCACUCUUAGGAAGUCACUUCUUGUGCACACAAAGAGGGUAGCAUUGGAGAAGAUCAACCUGAAGUUCAUUGAUACAUCAUCCAAAUUUGGACAUGGUCGUUUCCAGACACCUGCGGACAAGGCUUCGUUUAUGGGUGUUAUGAAAAAGGACAGGUUAAAGGAAGAAGCUGCACAGACAGCUGCUGCAGCUACUACUGCAUAAGUCUUUAUAUAAUAAAAAUAAAUGGCUUAAUGUUUUAAUUUUGUUUUAUCUAUAAACCUU